AUGACGUCCGCCGACUUUGCAGUGCCCGAAUUUGGGCGAGCCGUCAUCGAAGGCGACCGUACGGAUGGAUAUUGGGUUGAGACUUUCAAGUUUGAAAAAGACGAAGUGCCUGGUCUUGUUGCAUCAGGUCUGGCCUCCGGCGAGAUCGAGUUCCUCGAUAACCCCAUUGCCGCCGCCCGGCAUGCAGCAAAGGCCAAGGGCGAAAGCUUCGACCCCUCAACGGUUGACAUCACCGGAGAGUGGAAAAAGUACCAGGUGGCCAAGUUCUCGAGCCCCGUCGCCGUCGUGGCGGUCGACAUCAACAGGAACGGCCUGACGGACAUCGUCGUCUGCCACGACUACGGCCCGUUCAUGCUCGAGUGCGACGUCAACGGCGGCUGGAUCUCGUGGCUCGAGAACCCCGGCCGCGACAAGCUGGGGGAGCCGUGGAAGAUCCGGAUGAUCGGCCGCUGGCCCGCCAUGCACCGCAUGAAGGCGGGCUACUUUACGCAAAAGUCUGUCAUGGAGAUCGUCGCCGCUUCUGUUGUUUACGGACAGCAUGACAAGGUUUGUUGCUGGAGCGCUUUCAACUUCGAAGUUAUGCAGGGCUUCUUUCUGACAGUGGUUGUAACACAGGUCACCCCUAUUCCCAUUAUCCGUUUCCAGGCUCCGGAAGACGUUCUCAAUGCGACGGAGUGGCAACGCUCGAUCAUUGACGACGAGAACUUCACCGUCAUCCACGAGCUGACGGUCAAGAAGUUCAACGGCCCGACAGGGCUCGACUCCAUCGUGGUCUCAUCCCGCGAGGGCGCCAACUGGCUCUACUACGAGGGCGGCGAGUGGAAGCGCCAGCUGCUGUCCAUCGGCGAGCCCAAGGAGGACCGGCAGCUGCCCAACUCGCAGGCGCCGGGCUCGGGCGACCACUGGGGCACCGGGUGCGCCGACGCCGGCCGGAUCGGCGACGACCCGUUCGCCUACAUCGCCACGCUCGACCCCUUCCACGGUACGACGGCCUGCGUGCUGUCCAAGGUCGGCCGGGGCAUGAAGGACUCCAAGUGGCAGCGCCACAUCCUGGACGUCUACGGCACGCCCAACCAGCUGAUGAAGUACGGGGACGGGCCGGGGCACUACAUUAUCUGUGCUGAUUUCGACGGCGAUGGCGACGACGAGUUCCUUCUUGCGCUCUUUGGCUCGCUUGACCGCGACAAGGACCUGAACUCUGUCAUUCCUGUCAAGGGGCCCAAUCCUAACAAGGUCAGUAACAAGACUAUGACACUACGUGCGGUAACUCUGCAAGCUUUCGAGAGUCUGACAACCUCGCAGGGCAUCAUGUACUACAAGGCCAUCGACGUCGAGAAGGGCCUGUUUGCCAAGUGGAAGAUUGCCGAAGAGUCGUCCGCCCGUAUCGCCAUCGGCAACUUCAGCGGCACCGACAGGCUCGACCUCAUCUCGGUCGAGUACAACGUCCCCCGCUACUACGAGGAGCCCAAGCCCGUCAUCACGCUCCACGUCAACAAGUUCGCCAAGCCCAAGCCCGCCGUCACGGAACGCCACAUCGUGCCCACCGUCUGGGACAACGAGGGCCUCGUGUACCUCGCCCGCCCCAGCGAGGUCAAGUCCCCGCAGUCGUUCCCGCUCAUCGAGGUCGCCAACUACGCCAUCAGCGUCGAGAUCCACCCGCCCGGCGCCAGGAUCCCGCUCGGCCAGAACGACGGCGUCAAGGUGCUGUACGGCUCCGUCGCCGACAUCGAGGGCACGCGCUCGGCCCUGGGGCUGCCGUCCUUCCCGCGCAUCGCGUCCGUCCAGAGCGAGGAUAGGGAUCUCAGCGCCGACAAGGAGAAGGGCGUAGUCCUGCUGCGGCUCGUCUCCGUCCGCGAGCAGCCCGAGGCGUGGGCCAAGGCCGAGGACGUGCCGGUCAAGACGACCUUCAACACGAGCGAGCUCGGGCUCGAGUUCCCGGAGCUCAAGUUCACCAAGGUCGAGGAGCUCUGGUGGGGGGCCGACUUCAAGGGGGUCGACUUCACCAACAUGUCUGGCUUCUAUUUCCGCUUCCAGGACGACAAGUCGCAGAUUGCCCACUUGCAAUUCUGGACCGCCGGCCCCAACGUCGACUGCGGCGUUCACAACCACGGCAACGACAUCUUCCAGGAGAUCCACAUCUGCCUCUCGCCCGGCACCGAGGACGGCGGCAUGUGGCGGCUCAGGGAGGGCAAGGACCCCAAGGCGGCCCGGCCCGACGACUUCGACAAGGUGGCGCUGCCGCGGCUCAACGAGCACGGCGGGCUGUGGUACCGGGACUCGUACGGCGACGCCGUCCGCGGGCACAACAACGUCGUGUCGUACCCGUGGCACAAGUGGCAGGGCGGCAGCAAGGGGAAGAACGUGGACGUCUGGCUGGCGCUCGAGUUCAACCCGGGCCUUGUGCUGUAG